UUUUAUUGGAUAAUUGGACAAAGCCCAAUAACAAUAAUAAUAAUAAUAAAUAUCCAGCGGCUGCCCUCCUCCUGUUCUUCAUCUCUUCCGUCAAUAGUUCGUCUCGUCGUCUUCAACAGGGCUCUUAGUCGACUUCCGUCUUCUCUUAGAAAUUAUGAAGUUUCCAACCGUGUUGGUGGCGUUGUUGGUAAUGUUAAGCAGUUUUGAAGGAACCUUUGGGAUUAGAUUCGUUAUAGAUAGAGAGGAGUGUAUAUCUCACAAAGUGGAGUAUGGACAAACUGUACAUUUAUCUUUUGUGGUGAUCAAAUCAGAGGGCUCUUGGCAUUACAAUGAAGAAGGUGUUGACCUUGUGGUGAGGGGGCCAAAUGGUGAACAGGUACACGAUGUUCGUGACAAGACAAGUGACAAGCACGAGUUUGUGGCUUAUCAUCAAGGAGUUUAUCGGUUUUGUUUCACAAAUAAGUCCCCCUACCAUGAAACUGUAGACUUUGAUGUGCAUGCCGGCCAUUUCUACUACCAUGACGAGCAUGCUAAAGAUGAGCAUUUCAAACCUCUUUUUGAGCACAUUGGGAAGCUAGAGGAAGCUCUAUACAACAUUCAAUUUGAGCAGCAUUGGCUCGAGGCUCAAACCCAACGCCAAGCAAUAGUGAACGAGAAAAUGAGCAGUAGGGCAAUCCACAAGGCAAUAUUUGAAUCAGCUGCUUUGGUUUUAGCCAGCGGUUUGCAAGUCUACAUUAUGCGCCGCUUGUUUGAGAGGAAGCUCGGAGCGACGAGAGUUUAACAUGGGGAACCACCCACCCUACCCUACCCUGUUUUGUUUUGGGAGAGACUGUUGAUUAUUACUGUUACAUCACAGGUAAGUUAAGGAGGUAUACAUUAUAUUGCACAUGUACUCACUUUCUGAAGCCCCUCGGCCGAAACCUUCCUAGACACAUUUGGUCAAUCAUUAGGACAUAUUUACAAGUGUUUUCGGGACUUCUGAAUGUUCUGCAAUAAUAUAUAUAUAUAUGUCAUAAUAUUAGCUUGGGGAACGUCUUGAGCUAUCAAAA